UAUCCCGAAACCAUUUGUUUCAUCCUCCGCGGCUUGGGAAUUGUAACCCUAGCCUACACUUUAGAUCUCCAUUAAACGACGAAGCGUGUUCUUCCACCUCCCCUUGCUUAUCUGCGUUGAGAUUCAGUUCAAAGAGGGAAAGAAGCUCCACUUUCAUCCAAGGGUAAGUUAUACUUUGUAAUGGCGGGGAGAAAUCGCAUGCCUCGCAAUGCUUUCAGUGAUGGUCGACGUGGUUAUCCCCCUGAAGGCCCAUAUGUUCGGGGCCCUGUUGCUCGGCCACCUCAUCCCUCUCUGUUGGAGGAAGAACUUGAAAUUCAGCAUGUUGAAAUUCGGAGGCUUUUGGAUGAUAAUCGGAGGCUAGUCGAAGAUCGCAUUGCUUUGCAGCAGGAGCUAGGUGCUGCCAAGGAAGAGCUGCAUCGUAUGAAUAUUGUUAUUGCAGAUAUCCAUGCAGAGAAAGAAGCACACACUAGGGAGCUUAUUGAGAAGGGAUUAAAGAUGGAAGCUGAUCUACGAGCAACUGAACCCUUGAGGAAAGAGGCUCUGCAGAUGCGUACAGAAGUUCAGAAACUGGAUAACUUAAGGCAGGAUCUCACUGGGCAAGUUCAGAAUCUCACAGAAGAAUUAGCAAAGGCAAAAGCUGAUAAUCAGCAGAUGCCAAUUUUAAGGCAAGAGAUUGAUGCCUUACACCAGGAACUAAUUCGCUUUAGAAAUGCUUUUGAGUAUGAGAAGAAGGCAAACAUUGAGUUGAUGGAACAGAGGCAGGCAAUGGAGAAGAACCUGGUUUCCAUGGCACGUGAAGUUGAAAAGCUGCGUGUUGAUCUUGCAAGUGCUGAUGGUAGACUUUUAGGUGCUGGUGGAGCUUAUGGCAUCAAAUAUGGGAGCUCCACUGGGGGUUUCUCUGCAUCUUAUGGUGAUGGGCUUCAUUUGGGUGGUUCUGACAAGCGUCCUCUAUAUGGAGCGGGUUCUGGUUCAUGGGCUGGACUUGAGAAGCCCCACCUUGGACGCCACUGAGAUCCAUGGGAUUUGGCCUUAGAAACGAAAAAAUGCACAUUUUGUGUCCUUAAUCAUUAUUCUCCGAUAUCCCAAGGCUAGAGUUGCUAUAUUUCGUUGACAGGGCAGCAGUAAUUUUAAUAUGGAUGUUGUUAGUGAUUUUUCUUUUCUUUUCUUUUGAAUUUAUAUAAUUCAGGUUAUAACAUUUUACUUGGUGAUUAUCAUAGUUCCCAUGUUCUGUCAAAGGACUACUUUUGUUUGGAACAUUCCAUUUGGGUUUAUCUUGCUAUUUAUCUUUCAUAUGUAUGAUCAAGUAGAUACUGCAUAUUUUCUUCUUUUUAUACAAUCUGGAUGUUUUGAUCUUGUUUCUA